AUGGCUUUCAUACAGCUCAGUAAUCUAUUCUUGGAACUGUAUAUUCUCUUUCAACUUGCCGUUUACCAGUUGGCAAGUUUCCACUGUGUUAUGGUUCAAAAGCGCGAAACUGAUCAUUUAAAAACUACUCUUGGAUACCUCUGUCAGUGUUGUCUACCGCAUUCUUACUCUGGAGUUCUCUUGGGUUUUCUUCAAAACGAGUGGUUAGUGGAAAAUGACGAAGCAGUUCUUUCAAAUUCGUUUGAAAUAGUUGUUUGUUCACCAAUCAACUGUAAAAGUUCUACGCUGAGUUACUUAGGGAUUUUUGUUAUUUUUAAAAAGAAGACUUUACCUAAGUUCCGACCGGAGAGUAGUACUAAAUGUUCUUGUCCAGAAAUGAUGUUUGACAUGUUCCAUUGUACUAAUUUGCAUGUCGUAUCACCCUUACAGAUUAUGAACAGAUUUCGUAGAAGUACGAGUCAGAGGCCAUUUUCCAAAGAGAUAGAUUUCAUGAUGACGAUCAAACCCUGGAAAAGAUCAUCCUUUCGCAGUUUUCCUGUUGACUCGCAGGAGAAGGUGAAACACUUGGAUGCCAUUUGUAGGGAAUUGCACACCCGAAAACCGUGUAGUUUUGGCUCAGGAGCUACGCCAAGAUCCAGAAAGUCACAGAGACUAAAAAAAAAGUUGGAACAGUUCCCUUACUUAAAAAGGAAUUUGCUUAAGGGGGUAGGGCUUUUUUUCGGUUAUGAUUUGCCGCUGCGUAUUCUAUGGCCAGCUUAUCAGAAGAAUUUGAAAAAUUGGACUCUAAGCAAAAGAAGCAAAAGAAACGGAUUUAAAUUUUCCACCCCUAAGAAUUCCAGCCGUUUCAAACAGUUGGCACUAGAUAAAACGGAACUAUUGCGGUCGUUUUACACUGUGUGGUUUAUGAGCAAUUUAAAUUCGAAGUCAUCAAAAAGUGUUGAUGAGAAUAUCUCGCCACUAAAAUUUCAGCUUAGUGAUCUCGUAUCUAAGCUUGCAAGGUCACCAAGAAUUGAAAAAUGUUUCACAAAGAUUCCGGCAGGUGGCAUUAGAGCAGAAAGAAUUGAUGAUGCCGAAAACCUUUCUCGUAAAUGUCGCCUCACUUUGAGCAGGUGGGCAAGAGCCAUAACAGAAGCUCGUGAUUGUAAUUCAGGAGAUGAAGAAGAUCCAGUUGAGGUAUGGAACAAGACACUCAUAGAAUUGGAGUCUAACAAUGAUAUUCUAAAAGAUGCUAGUCGCAGUAAAUUUCGUAGUUGUAAAAAGUUAUAAUA